AUCGAAUUCACCAAAAUGAAGAAAGUUGCAGCCCUUGUGAUUCUAUUGGCUGGUAUGUUAGCGUGCAAAGCGCAUGACACAAAUUCGCCCGCUGGUAUUGAGGGUUGGAGCAACGCUCAAUCAAAGACACCAGCAUCACGGUCACAAAAUCCAUCGAACCAAAGUGAAACGGCACAACACAGUGUAGUCGUGAAUUGGUUGUUGGUCUGCGAAGAUCUGUGCGGCGCCGGUUACGGUGGCCCCACCUGUGGCAAAUUAUGUAAUGCGGAAAAUGGAAAUCAAACGCAAGAAAAGAAAUACAAAUCGGCAAACUUAUGUUCGGUUUUAUGCGAUUUUGGCCUAGGUGGAAAAAAUUGUAAUUGUGGUAAAAAUCAACUAAAACCGCCGAAAAAUACCAAAGAUAUUUGCAAUGCAAUUUGCCGUGAACUGAAUUUAAGCGUUGACGGAUGUUCGAAAUGUAUUUCUUUGCCACAUUCAUACCAUAAGAAACCAUCGAGUGCCGUUUUUAAUUUCAAUGACAUCAAUGAAUCGGCAACAGAUGAGUCGGUGACAACAACUGAAGACUCAGCAUCAAUCACGACUAUCGACACCACACCAGACACACCUGAUUGGAAUGUGGUGUGCAUAGAACUAUGUAAAAAAGGCGAAGGCGGGGCAUUGUGCAAUUGUGAUUUACCUCCAUUGUCUAUGAAAUGUAAUUAGUCAAAUUUUCAUUUCCGACUCUAACAAUAUUCCACAUUUGAUGAUAACUUUCAUAUUUUACUCUUGAUAUAUACAAAAAAAAUAUCCAACUGACUUAUGUUGCAACCGAUUUAACAUUUUAAAUUUGCCGUUUUCAAUUUACAACUGGUUUUUUUUUCUUAUUUACUCUUUAAAUGUAUUCGGUUCGUUAAAGUCUUGAAAUCAGUGGAAAAUAAAAUUGAAUAAAACAUCACUUCCAUAUCGAAAUAAAGAUGGUUGAGUAAUGACCAGUGACUUGGUUGAAUUGAACUCAGUGUGUGUGUGUGUCUUCACAUACACACAGUGCAAUUGAACGAAGUCAUUGUCAAUAUUCAACUUAUAUAGGUAUAAGUAAACCAAAAAAUCCAACUUAGUCACUUAAGGAAAAAAAAUGUUUAUAUUUCCUUUCGAUUAUUUUUUUUUUUUUGUUUCUUGAUUUUAAACAAAUUUUUCCGAUUUGUUUGAAAACGAGAAAUAUUUUUUUGAAAAUAAAAAAAAAAAUGAAUAAACUACGAUCACAAAGGGCUUCCAUGCAUCAAUUCUAGUCUGUAAUUUAUUCUAUAGGCCAUAAGUUUGGGAAUUGGUGAAAUUCGAUUCGCACGAAAUAUGCACGGUGCACGUAUUUAGUUGAUAUCGAAACCAAAUCCUGCUUAGAAUGUAAGUUAAUAAAACACAAAAGGAGUAGAAGUUUUUUUCGGUUUGGAGGUUUUCACACAUCGAAUCGACAGAACAAAUCCGAUUGAUGUGUGUGGCUAUUAAACAAAAACAAAUAUCAACCAUUGAAACAAACAUAAAAGAACAACUCUCAACGUUUUUUUUUAAGAUAAUAAAUAAUGAUAUGGAAAUUUGAAAAUCCAAAUUAUCCUUAAUUCAAUUGUGCAUUGUUGAUAUAUAAAAUCCAAUUGACAUAUGCUGUGAAUGACAAUAACUAAAAUAAUAAUAAUAUUGAAUAGAAAAUAAUUUAAGAAGGAGUAUUUAGCGAAAAACAUCAAAAAAUACAGGUUAUAAAAAUAAUUUGAGAACAAAAAAAAACAUUAGUAUGCGAUGUUAGAUGUACUCUUAAUAUGCAUAUAUUGUCAACUAUUUGUUGUAAAAUUGUACGAUUUGAUCAAUUUUUAAGCAAAAUAGUUGUUCACAUUUCAAACGGACCCGCUUUUUGAUUACACCUAAUAUUAUGAAUUAAAAGAAAAAGUUUAUCGUGUCCAAAUAAGAAAUUGAUGAUUCUAAUGAGCAAAAGUAUCACAAACUCUCACCAUUCCAUCGAUGACGAGUCGAAACCAGCUCAAUUAAUUGAAAAAAAAAUUAUAUUAUAUAAAAAUUGGUAUUCAUUUUUUUUUUUUAAAUUUCAAUCAACAUAAAAAACAAAAUAUCAACUUAGAAAAUCGAUUCAUUUUUCCAGCGAUAGUAACAAUUCCGAACUCAACUCUCAUCAUCUAAAAUAGUCAUAUUAAAAUUAACAUUCUAAAUCUAUUAAAACAACAACUGAAAUAGUCAAUAAACAUUUUACGUUAGAGCAGCACAAAA